GCUAAAUGGACAUAACGACUCGACACGUACAGUGAAAUACAUAUAUACUUGUAUCGGAUCCCGGACAAACACAUUUGAGCUUACUACACGGAUUAUAAAAAAUUGUUAACAUUUUUUUCUCGGGAUUUUUGAUUUGAGAUUAUUUAUACGAGGAAUGGGCAGCAGUGCGACGAUUUUGGGCUAUCUGGUGUCCCUCUUGCUGUGUUUGUCCCUAUCGGCGGGCAGAUAUCUGGAAGCAAGAUCUCCCUACGGAACAGCAAAGCGACAAUCACCACGCAAAUUAGGUCUUGAUUUGUUCUUUAAAAAGAAUGGCGAUUUACCCGAAGACACGAUCGUUUUUGGAAAAAGUGCGGUGUUAACUUGUCAGGCGGGAGGCACUCCUCCGCCAACAAUUCAUUGGGUGAAAGAUGGUCAUCGCAUAGAACAGGGUUCACCGGAUAUGCUUUCAAAUACAAACGACGAGGCGUUUUACGAAGAUGUUGUUGAUAAGGAAGGGCGUCCGUUACUUAGGAGGAGCUAUACCAAAGCCUUGCUUUAUCUGGACUGUAUCACAGCGGACAUGGAGGGAGAUUACUCGUGCGUGGUCGACACGCCUACUCGGAGGAUAACGAGCACCACAUCACUCCGCGUAGAUAGACUUGUUGACGAUAGCACGGACUUAGAUAAAUUCCGUGACGAUAGUGAAGAGAAGAGCUGUCUGGUAAAGAGAUCGUUUACUGAUGAAAUGUCAGCACGGAUAUACCUUUGGACAAGUAACCGAGUGGAGAAAAGUGGCGCCACCAUUCAACUGUUUUGCCGCGCGGAGGGAUUUCCUAAACCCCGAAUCACGUGGCGUACACCAUCUCGAAAAGAAAUCUCAGAGAGCGAUCCUGGAUAUGGGCUUUUACCAAACGGCGAUCUUCUAAUUCGAAACGUUCGAUGGAGCCACAUGGGUGUAUUUACCUGUAUAGCAGAUAACGGUUCCGGGGCAGAUACGAAAUCGACAUUUGUAUAUCCGACCAAAUGAGUGAAGUCGACUGCCCAUAACGACGCUGUACGUGUGUGGCCGUGGUGACGGCCUGUACUAUCCAUGGUGACGGCCCUUUUGUACGUGGUUACCUUGGCGACGAACUGUCUCUCUCUUACUGUGAUGUUUUCAGUAUUUAUUAGCGUUGUUAAACUGUGUCAAUUACAUCUAAACAAAAGUAUCAAGCCGACAAGGGGCCAUGGAGAAGACGAUGAAAAUGUUUUCCGUAAAACUACAAGAGACGAGAUACGAUACGCAAGACGAUAUUAUAAACAUUACAAUGCCGAUCUAGUCACGUGACGUGGAGAGGAGGCGUACGCUCUCGGACACAACAUUAAAUCAAAGACAAACCUGUUUAUUUAUUUUUUUGGAAAAUGUGCAAUGAAUUGUUGGUGUUCUGUGUUUUUAUGAACUCGUUCGCAUUCUCAUCAAUUUCAUAUCUCAUGGAUCAUCGCAAGAAUAUUUGUGAAACUCAUUAAUACCAGUAAAGAAUUCCAAGAGUUUCGACGACAUGGAUUUAUGUCUCCAUCUUACAGGGAUCAAGAAAGUCCGAAGGGUUGUGUUGUGGGGGAGACAAAUGACAUAUCAUUUCUACCAAUCAUAAUUGUGCUCACAUUUUGUAUUGUGCCAUUUCCUGUUCAAAUGAAUUUAUUUAUUUAUUGAAAUAAAUCUUUAAUUUUAUUGUGUUUCAAAUCACAUUACAAGUAAAUGCUCAAUAUAUUGACUGUUUAUCAUGUUAUGUGUAAAUAAAUGUUUCAAUUU